AUGGCUUCACCCUCUAGACAGCCCCCUGUUGGGGCGUCAGGACUGCUUCAAGGGAGCCAGGCUCGUUCUUAUGGAAGCCUGGUGCAAUCGGCCUACUCCCCAGUGAGGGAAAGAUGCCUAGAGCAUCAGUUGGAGCCCGGAGAUACCCUGACUGGACUAGCUCUCAAAUACGGGUUGACAACGGAACAGAUUAAGCGUGCAAACCGCCUUUAUACAAAUGACUCCAUCUUCCUGAAGAAAACCCUCUACGUCCCCAUCCUGACAGAGCCCAGAGACCUGUUCAAUGGUUUGGAUUCUGAGGAAGAGAAGGAUGGAGAGGAAGAUGUACACCCAAGUAAGGAUGACGUCUGGCCACACCCAGCUGAGAGGAAGAAACAAGAGACAGGUGCAGGACAUGCCAGUGGUGAAGUCCUCCCCACACCUAGCCCGGACCUGGCCACACCCACCCAUGAUCUCUCUGCCUCUGACUUCCUUAAAAAGCUGGAUUCACAGAUCAGCCUGUCAAAGAAAGCUGCUGCUCAGAAGCUGAAAACGAGGGAAAGCAGGGUACCUGGGGAGGAUGCAGGUCUCCAGCUGAACUCCCCUCGAAUGCAACAACGAGCAGUCCUAGGUCCUGUCACUGACCCAGACCUCUUGGACCCAGACACUACGAGACCAGGAGGAUGAAAUCUUCAAGCUCUGAUGUCCCCAGAACUGGUUGAGAGAAGCAGUGUGUUGAUGGAGCAACUUGAGGGGCAGAGGAGCCUGAGGUGAGGCUCAAGAACAUGGCUUCCCAGCUUACCUCUCAACUCCAGCCAUCUUCCCCAGCCUCCUUGCCUAUCAAGAGUUCCUUGACCUGGGGCAUUUUUAUUGGCAAGAGUAGGGGGUGGGUUCUAGACCUCUUGCUGGUUCUUGGGCUGAACCUAGACUUGACCCUUAGAUUCAAAAGACUCCUUUUACACCCUUGCUGCCUUCCCUAUCCCGUUUACCAUUCCUUGUCGUUAGAGCAGGGAAGCAGAGGCUCCCCCUCAA